GCGCUGUAUUGCGAGAUAAAAUCCAGUCUGCCAGGACCGUUUCCGAGCUCCACCAGCACCACCACCAAAUACCCAACACCUAUCUACCCUCGACAAUCUCCUCCAUCUCACCUCUCUGCGCUUGCGAACGGUCAAAGACAGCUUCAGAUCACCUUGUGCACUCGUUCAAUGCUCGGUGCUGUCUCUCCUCUUCCAUAUUGAAGCUCAAGAUCUCCGCUUCUUCUCCGAAUCUAGCUCCAACUCAGCAAACAUGCUUGCGACAAGAGUGUUCUCCUCUCCAGCUCGCCAGUGCUUACGAAAAGCCGGCGUCAGGUCUGCAUGGGCUCCCGUGUCCUUCCAGAUCCAGUCGAGAACGUAUGCAGACCAGGUCGCCAAGUUCAAGGGACAGAAAGGUCCAGACGGCAAGUUCACCGUCUCGUUAAUAGAGGGUGAUGGUAUCGGACCUGAGAUUGCUCAGUCUGUCAAGGACAUCUACUCGGCUGCUGGCGUGCCAAUCAAGUGGGAACCCAUCGAUGUCACCCCUCGACUCAAGGACGGCCGGACCGUCAUUCCAGACGAAUCUAUCGAGUCCAUCCACAAGAACUACGUUGCCCUCAAGGGCCCCUUGGCCACUCCCAUCGGCAAAGGCCAUGUCUCCCUCAACUUGACCCUCCGACGAACAUUCAACCUUUUUGCCAACGUUCGUCCCUGCCGAAGCAUUGAGGGGUACAAGACUCCUUACGACAAUGUCGAUACUGUUUUGAUUCGAGAAAAUACCGAAGGAGAAUACAGUGGCAUUGAACACGUUGUCGUUGAUGGUGUGGUUCAAUCGAUCAAGCUCAUCACCCGAGCAGCCUCCGAGAGAGUGUUGAGAUAUGCAUUCCAGUAUGCUCGUGAUGUCAACAAGAAGAAGGUCCGUGUUGUUCACAAGGCCACCAUCAUGAAGAUGUCGGAUGGUCUUUUCCUGAGCACCGCCAGAGAUGUGGCGAAAGAUUUCCCCGACAUUGAGUUCGAUGCUGAGCUGCUGGACAAUGCUUGCUUGAAGAUCACCACAGACCCUGCUCCCUACAACGACAAGGUCUUGGUCAUGCCCAACCUCUACGGUGACAUCUUGUCUGACAUGUGCGCCGGUCUCAUUGGUGGUCUUGGUCUCACCCCCUCGGGCAACAUCGGUGACGAGUGCUCUAUCUUCGAAGCUGUCCACGGUUCCGCUCCUGACAUUGCUGGCAAGUCUCUUGCCAACCCCACUGCCCUUCUCCUCAGCAGCAUCAUGAUGUUAAGGCACAUGGGUCUCAACGAGUAUGCUGUCAAGAUUGAAAAUGCCAUCUUUGCUACCCUGGCGGAGGGCAAGGCAUUGACCGGCGAUCUGGGUGGCAAGGCCAAGACCCAUGAAUAUGCGGCCGCCAUAAUCAGCCAUCUGUAAAUAUGCUGCCAUUAGUUGCCUCUAUUGUUGGCCACAAGUCCAAAUCGUAUAGCGAAGGGGACUUUAUUGAACCACAGUUUGAGGUAUGCUCGGAACCUCCCUCGGGCAUUAUGGGUGGAUGAAUGGCGCGGAUGUUGGGUGUCCUGUUGGUUGGUGUACUAUCUAUGCUAGAGCGAACGAUGCAAAAUACAUUUCAAGUUGAAUGAAUGAUCCAGUGUGCAGAAAUUGAGUAUUGUACAACUAGGACAGCUCCUAGGAAGUAGAGAUACAUUAGUGUACAGAUCACGUGUGCGCCAACAUGGCGUGCAUGGAUAGUCGACAGCGAUUGAUAUUCAACUGUCCAAAGGUCCAACCUUGACCUCCUCUCGGCUCCUCAAUUCCUGGAUCUUGUUGGCAGCUCGCUGAACUCUUCGCUUCUUGACCUGCAUCUUGUCAAAACGACCUCUUGCUCCAAACUUGAUCUUGGUGAUCAUGUCACCAGCCUGACCCUUUGUGAGGUCGUCCGCAGUCAAGGGCUCCUCCACGGUCAAUUCACGCAAACGGUUGAGAAAGGACAACUGACCCUCGCUGGCGGGGCUACUACGCCAACUGGAACUGGUG